AUGUCUGCAUUCAAGAAAUUUGCUGAUAACCUUUUUUCCAAAAAGACUUUGAAAUACAUGUGUACCACCCAUUUCUGGGGACCUGUUUCCAACUUCGGUAUCCCGGUAGCAGCCAUAAUGGAUUUGAAAAAGGAUCCGGAAGUCAUUAGUGGUCCAAUGACAGGCUCAUUGAUCUUGUACAGUUUAGUAUUUAUGAAGUAUUCGUUAGCUGUUAUUCCAAAGAAUUAUUUGUUAUUUGGAUGCCAUUUUGUUAAUGAGUUGGCCCAAUUGGGCCAAGGGUUUAGGUGGACCAAAUAUCAUUAUUUUGAUAAGGAGACCGCUGAUAAGAAAGCAAUAAAGAACUAA